CCCCAUUACUUUUGUUGUCACUGGAAAACUUCCAGCAAAAUUAAUGAAUAUUUUUUGCACUAAAGAGAUAAAAGAAUAUAUAUGUUCAACACACUAUGUCCAAUCUGACGAUAGAUUACAGCUACUGCAAGUUGGAUGCGCGUAUUAAAUAUAAAUUAAAGAAAACAAAAAGUCAUAGUCAUCUACUUUAUGCAUUAUAACAUGGCAUAUAAUAGUCAGAUGAUUAGCUGGUGUUUGAUGUAACAUUAUGACUUCUUCUUCGUCUUCGUUCUCCGGAUAAAUAUUAGCAGUUUAGCACUAUAUUUUCUUUUCCUAAAUCCUAUCACGUCAAUUAGGACUUCCUUUCUUUCUACAAAUUAUAGUGAUAAUAACUAAUAACAACAUGAGAUGGUUUUCGACGUUGGCUAGGAGCUUCACGGUGAGGAGGCAGAGGCCAACUCUGGUUCGUCCGGCGAGGCCGACGCCACACGAAACUAAACUAUUAGCCGACGUGGAUGAUCAGCAAGGUCUCUGCACUCACUUGUCCCUCUUGCAUUUCUACAGUAAAAGAAAAUGGAUAAGUGAUGAUAAUAUCAUUGCCAAGGAAGACGACCCAGUGAAGGUCAUUAAAGCGGCUCUGGCGGAGACUUUAGUGUUUUACUACCCGUUCGCAGGGCGGCUUAGAGAAGUUGGGCCUCAAAAGAAGCUGGCGGUGGAAUGCACUGGGGAAGGUGCCUUAUUCAUUGAGGCAAACGCUGAUUUGGGAUUGGAAGAGUUGGCGGAGGAGCUACAUCCACCAUUUCCUUGCUUGGAGGAACUAUUGUUUAAUGUUCCAGGCUCCGAUGCUAUUCUCCAUUCACCUUUGCUUCUUAUCCAGGUGACGAAAUUCCGAUGCGGCGGAUUCGCCUUUGGCCUCCGCUUCAACCACACCAUGACCGAUGGCAUUGGAUUGGUUCAAUUUCAAAAGGCCCUGGCGGAAAUAGCUAGAGGGGCCUCUGCUCCAUCUGUAAACCCGGUGUGGGAAAGGGAACUCCUGGUCGCGGAAAACCCGUCUUCCAGUGCACCUCCUAGUGUACUACACGAAACCGAUGUCGUAGCAAACACAAUAAGAACCUUAAUAAUACCCCACCACUUAGACCACUUGGUCCAUCGAUGCUUGUUUUUGGGCCAAACUGAGAUCUCUGCAAUCCGGGCUUCUCUCCCAGCUCACCUUCAAAGUAAGUGCUCCACGUUUGAAAUCCUCACAGCCGCUAUCUGGCGAUGUCGUACGGUCGCCCUCAAACCCGACUCAGAUGAGCAAGUGGCACUGCUUUACGCAGUGAAUGCCCGUCAACUGUUUGAUCCGCCUCUACCACAAGGGUACUAUGGGAACGUCGUGAAGACAGCCAUGGUGCGGACAACCGCCAGAAAGAUGAUCGCCGACAACUCGUUCGAGCACGCCGUGAAGCUGGUGAUGCAGUCCAAGGUUGAGUCCAGGAAGAUGUCCAUUAAGUCGGCCUCCGACAUGGUACUUCCGGACACGCCGCCUAUCAUCUCAUUGGCAUCGUUUUAUGCGGUUUCAGACGCGAGAAGGAUGGGUUUCGAUGAGGUGGAUUUUGGGUGGGGCAGACCCGUUUUCGCUGGGCCGGUCAAGAACUAUAUCCCCGGCUUGUCUACAUUUUAUAUCCGGGCGAGAAAUCUUAAAGGACAACAUGGUGUCGUGGUUCCAAUUGACUUGCCCGAGUUUGCCAUGGAAAAUUUUUUCCACGAGAUAGAAACAAUGGUUACAAGUGUCAACUAAUUAAGGGGUGACGGUAAUUUGAUCAAUGAACAUCAUUCAAUGCCCGUGAUUUUUCUUUCUUUUUUUUUUGUGAACUUUUUUAUUCUGUGUUUUGAAAAUCGGACCGGACUGGGCGGUCGAACUGGUUCAACUAGAAAUUUGAGGCCUUUCCGGUCCGAUUUUAAUUAAUAACCGGUAGAGUUAAAAACUGGUCAAACUCGAUCAAACCCGGAUAAAACCGCGGUUUGACCGGGAACCGGUACCGAUUAAACCGAAAUUUGAUAUUUUGAAAAAAACUUAUUUUUUACAUAUUUUUUAUAGUCAAUUUUUUAAAUACAAGAUAUAAUAAUAGUAUAAAUAUCAAUGAACAAUUUUAUCUUCAGAUAAAUUUGUACCAUUCAUCGUUUUAUAAUUGUAUUAAAAUUUUGCAUGAAUUAUGUAUUGAUGGUAGAGAUAUAAUCACAGAGAUGAAGAUGAUUAAAAGAAAUUUAUAAGAACAAUAAAUUUUACAAUAUACACACAUUAUUAUAUUAUUUAACAAUAUGC